GCAAAACCCACUUAGCCCCCUUCAACGCCUAUGCAUCAUGCUCGUGUUAAAAUGGCAGACUCAAUUUUCUUUAUAAUUUCAUUAGCAUCUUGAUGAGAGCUAAAAGCGAUUCCACGCAUGCCACGCCACGCCACACACUCUUGAAGGCAGGCAGGCAGCGCUUGGCUAAUGCUAAUGAGGCCAUAAUAUAAAUUGCUUAAAUUGAAAUUAUGCAAAAAAGUUAACACUCCACCCCAGAUGCCAGAGAGGAGAGCAUCAGCAGCUGCCGGCUUGGAGCAAUCAAACAACAAAUUCGCUCGAGAAUGCCGACAUGGAGGAGCUAUUUGGAGCUGUGUGUGUGUCUGAUAUGGCAUCAAGUGUGUUUAAUGUCAGUUUCAAAAUUAUGCGUGCAUGUUUUCAAUUUGGUUUACCUGAAAUUUAAAAAACUUUCAGGACAUGAUUCUAGCCAAUCAUUUCUUGUACUGUUUUCCCCUGCGGGCUGGCUGCAUUAUACUGUCCGUCAUCGCACUUAUUGUAUGCUUCUCGCACAUUUAUAAGUUCAAUGCCACAAUGCAAGAAAAUGCUGAGCGCAGUGAUUCGUUAAUCUUUGCAGAGGGCAUCACGCAGGUACUUUUGAGACUUAUGCCGGAAUUUCUAACAAUUAUUGGGGUGAGCUUCCUGUUGAUUGCCCUCUUUUUGGACUUUAUUCAUCUGAUUUUGAUCACACUUACUUUUGAAGUCACCCAGACGCUAUAUCAGCUUCUAUAUAGUAUUAUUGCCACAACAUUGGACAUAAACGUGACCGUCAAUUUGGGUGUCUAUAGCAUUGGGGCGUAUUGGUGUCUUAUUAUCGGUUGGAUCGUAUUUUCCGCAUAUUUUGUGUACAUUAUUAUAUCGUAUUACCAGCUAACUUUGGCAAUGAUCCAGAAUGAUAUGCCCUAACGCCAAAAAUGUUUACUAUUUGUUGUGAAAAAAUAUCUCGAGGACUGUAGCAUACUUUUUCGGGGAA